AUGUCAUUACCCUUAAAAAAUUUGGAACCAUUUACUGCUAUUUGGCUUGAUCCUGAAAUAAGAUUACCCUCAACAUCGUCAAGUUUUACAAAUGCACGAAAGAAAUUACGUGAAACAAUUAAUUUUUUAAUAGAUUUUUCUAACGCUGAUAAAUGUAUUGAUUAUAUUAAAGAUGAAGAUGCCAAAAAUAUUAUACUUAUAAUAGCAGGUCGUUUAGCUAGACGUAUUAUACCUUCAAUACACAAUUUUCAACAACUAAUCGCUAUUUACAUUACAUGUAGACCAGACAAUGUAAUGAGAAAUCAAGAAGUCACCAAACAAUAUCAUAAAGUUAAAUCUGUCAGUAGUUCUAUUGACCAAUUAAUUGAAGUAAUCGUCAGAGAUCAAAUCGAUCGAGAAAAAAAUGAAAAUGGUUUAUUACUAUCUCUAUUUAAUUCAGAAGAACUACUCUACGGGAUGUCAUGCAAAUGCCUUGAAUAUGAAAGUGAAUUGAUUAUUUGGACACAAACAUUUCUGCAAUUUAUAAUUGGAACUGAGAGACAAGCAGGUGAAACCGACAUUACAGAACUUAUCAAAUUACUUAAAGAACGUCAAAACCGUGAGAAGAGUAUUUCAUUAGCGAACUCAAAUGAUUCACAAAUACAAUCAGUUCUGUUUGAAAUUGAAAUAUCAAAACGUACUACAGUUUCAAAAGCAUUCGUCACUUUUACCAAUUUAGAUAAUUUAGAAGAAAAUACAGAGACUUUAUUCAUGUUUGGUACUAUAUUUUAUUUGUCAAGUGUUUCAUACGUUGAGGAAGAUAAAUUGUGGAUGAUCAAAUUAAUAUUGUGCGAUGAUCGAAAUGAUGAUAUUAAAGCAGUAUUGAAAGAAGUAGCAGGCCAUUUGCAAGAGAAUAUUGAACGUCUUGGUUUCAACGGUGAUCGGUAUAAUGAAACCUCUUAUAACAACGUAUAUCAAGCAAAUCAAUCGUUGACAAAUGUAACUGAUGUUGAUCUACCAGAAAUUCCACUUCCAUCUUUGUACUCAUCAAAGCGUCAAGGACCUAUUACAAUAUUAGAAAGUUUUCCAUUAACGACAAAGGAUGAAAACAUGUUACACAUAACCCCUUCCAUCGACACUAUUGCAUCGAUGGAUGCUGCAUUCGAACUUUCCUUGGACACACCCCAAAAUCGUGUACGAUGGAGAAUUUAUAUUCUUUGGUGUCAAACUGAUAUACGUAAUAAUGCUCAAAGUUAUUGGAAGUUUCGAAUUCAGCUAGAGAAACUUCAUUUGAAUGUACGAUAUUUUGAUACGAUAGACGAAACUGUUCAAGAAAUUAGUAGAUCUAAGAAUGAAUUAUACUUUUUAAUUACCUCAGAUGGAUUAGCUGACUUUUUGAUCUCACAAGUUCAUGAUCAUCCUCGUGUAUUCUAUUUAUAUAUUUUAUCAGAAUUUACAGUAGACAAGAACACAUCAAACUUAUUAUCAAACUAUGAAAAAAUUCGAAUAAUAACUGACAAUCAACAAACAAUAUAUAAUCAAAUUGCUUCUGACUUGAACAAUACCGUUGAAAGUCUUCUGCAGCAUUCUAACGAAAUCGAUGAUGACAGUAGUUUUAAUCAAAUCAGUUUCAAUGUUGAUGAAGAUUUUACACCAAUAGCAAUUAUUGACAGCGACUAUCGACCAGGAAAUUUAUUUCGUGAUGUAUCUUAUGAUGAAUCUGUUUUUAUGGGGUUUCAAUUACUUAUCAAGAUAAUCUAUUGUUUAGAGUUGACAGAUGAAGAUAAACAUGAUAUGAUUCAAUAUUGUCGUAGUAAAUGUGAUAACAACAAAAGUGAGUGA